AUGACGGCUAGGGCUCCAGAAGGCGAUUUUAGGGUUUUGGGUGAGGAGAGAAAAGAUGCUACUAUAAUGGAGAUCGGAGAGAAGGGAAGACCGCCAGGAGAGCCACCAGAUGCUCCUGGUUCUUGGGUGAGGAAAGUCGUGGAGGGGAACGCGGGAGGGAUGCUUGUUCCGGAGGAUGUGGUGGAUGAAAGAUUUGUGGAGUCAAGAUUGAGUUUGGAGUUUCCGAACGGUGAAGAUGGAGAACCGGUGAUAACGAUAGGAGAGGAGGUGUUGAUGGCUAUGAAUAGUCUGUGGAAGAGAUGUAUGAUUGUUAGGGUUCUGGGGAGAAACAUCCCGAUUUUGAGUUUGAGUCGAAAACUAAAGGAGUUAUGGAAGCCCAAAGGAUCGAUGUUUGUUAUGGAUCUCCCCAGGAACUUCUUUAUGGUACGAUUUGAGUUGGAAGAGGAGUACAUGGCUGCUUUAUCAGGCGGUCCAUGGAGAGCGUUUGGGAGUUAUCUUAUGGUGCAAGCAUGGUCUCCUGAAUUUGACCCGUUGAAUGAUGAGAUAGUUACGGUGCCGGUUUGGGUUCGUUUAUCACGUAUCCCAGUGAAUUUCUACCACAAGACGAUACUGAUGGGAAUAGCCAAGGGGUUAGGGCGGCCGAUCAAAGUGGACUUGACAACCCUGAAGUUCGAAAGAGCUAGAUACGCGAGAAUUUGUGUGGAGGUAAAUCUCAACAGGCCAUUGAAAGGGACUGUGAUGGUGAAUGGUGAGAGGUACUUCGUCUCAUAUGAAGGAAUUUCAGCUAUUUUCUCGACAUGUGGUAUGUAUGGACACCUAGUUCACGCAUGUCCACGAAACGUCAAAGAGCAAACUCUUGUUCAUGUGCCUAAUCCAGUAACUACAACGCGUGAGAGUACUGAAGCUACAGGAAUGGAAACAGAAUUUACUCAAAUGAGGCAGGCGAGGAGGAAGCCUGAGCAACAGAGACAUACGAGAAGAUCUAUUGGCAAGAACGAUGGCAGAGUUAUGGGGGGAGGGAAGACACAAGUGUUACGUAAAGAGGGAGUACUGGAGGAGAUAAGGGUGUCAAAUCGGUUUGGAGGAUUAGAGGAAGAGGAGGAGAUGGAGGAGCGAGUGGAGGAGGUUGUGAGAGAAGGGGCAAAUAGAGAGAACGAGAAUAAUAUGAAUUCAAAUUCUGGAGGUUCUAGAAGAGUGCAUGGGAAGGCUAUGACGUUUGUCGCAGCUGGGAAGAAAGGGGAUCAAGGUGAGAUAGACUUGUCGGUGAGUGGGAAAAGAUUGCGGGUUGAGAAAGAGAGUGUUGGCCGCCCUGGUGGUGCUUUCACCGGAGAUGGGGAACUUGAUGAGAACGAGAAGAGUUCUGAUCACGCCGGUGAACAGCGGAGCAUACAGGCGCAUAUUGAAAUGGCGGAGACUCCUCUCAUGGAUUUGGAACCCAGCGGGGGUCAAGUGGGAGAAAUCUCGACGAGUGUGGAGGCAUAA